AUGGAGGCUGUUGGCGCUGGCGCCAGCAUUCUUUCCUUUAUCACUGUCGCCUUCUCAGUGACCAAAUCAAUUCACGAAGCUCUGUCAGCGAUCCAAGAUGGCCCUCAGAUCAUUCGUUUCCUCACCGAUGAGAUUGCCCAGCUCGAGAGUAUUCUACAACGGCUAUCGCAAGUGUCUUUUGUUUCCGUUGAUGACAUCGAUAAGUCUCAGUUAGAAAGUCUGGCGAGGAAAUGCAAAGACGACUUGACCGCACUUGACUCUCAACUGAAAUCCCUUGACGUUUCAGCCUCGGACGGUCGGAGAGGUCGUCUCUGGAGAAAGUUGAAGCUCUGUUUCUCAGAAAAGGACCUUGACCAGAUCCGGCAUGUUGUUAGAGGCCAUGUACAGCAUCUCACAGUUCGGCUCAAUCUUAUUCAGGUGCAACAAGGGUCGUUCACAGCGACACAAUUAACCCAAAUCUUUAGCCUUCUGCAACAACUAAAACAAGACAUCACAGCGCCACAAACAACUAACACGGCUACCCUGAUCACCGAGGAGGACUCAUCAUUCACUUCAGCAAGGGUGACGGAGAUGGAUGAUGAGGAGAUGGACUACGUACCUGAUAAAUCAUUAGAUGAGAGUAUAAGUCGUUUGAUGCGACUACUGGAGGAGAAACCAUGCGUGGUCGAGUCUGAUGAUUCAGAAGAGCUCCUUGGAGAUCUGGAGUAUCUUCUGGCAUGCAUCCGAAAAGAUGCAGAGCCUGUCGAGUCAGAAGGAACUUGUCAAAAUUCAAGAUUGUGGAGGCUGACGGACAAACAGUUCUUAAUUUCGCAAGAACUGAAACAAAAGACUAUUGAAACAGAUGACGGAGUUAUAACAGUUACGGCAGCUAAGAGACGCCCAAAAUCAGCUUCUCAAAUCGAAAGGGAACAAGGCAAAAAGGAGCCCAGAAGAGACUUCCUCGCAAAACUUACCUACACAUCCAAAAGCACAAAGAAGAUGCUUAUCUUGUCGGUGAAUCAGGGGCAGCUUUUGUUCAACAGUUCCAUCAACAUGUUGCCUUGCGUUACGGUCUGCAAUAUCUUACCCAGAGACUCUCUGGUAUUUGAUACAGCCCGAAGCGGAUCAGUCCAAGACCUUGUCGAACUAUUCGAAGGAGGGGAAGCCAGUAUCCAUGAUCAUGACACAUAUGGAUGGUCAUUACUCCAUCAUUCAGUAAGAAACCUCCCGGUCCUGAAGUUCCUGAUAGAACAGGGACUAGAUAUCGAUGAAGUCGCACCCCGACCCGAUCAGGACUACCAGAUGUAUGGCUCUUGCCUCAAUAACGCCUCAACUCCAUCUCAUCUCGCUCUUGUGCAUGGGGUUUCUGUAGGUCAUUACGAAGCCCUCCUUCAUGCAGGGGCUGAUGUGACUUUACAACAGACGCUACUUGUAAGUCCUUUUGUUUAUGCCAAUUCAAGCGCUUGGCAAAAUCAGGAUUUGAUUCCAAGAGUUUGCCUUAAUUCUUUCAUUGGAGGCGAUUCAGAACCACACCAGGCAUGUCAGCAAAUACGAUUACUCGUGGAGCAAGGCUACGACGUCAACAGCACUCUUAACGGACAAAUUUGCCUACACAACCUCUUUCUUAAAUCUCACAGUUGGCUCAGGUACCUACCAGAAUACAUGGAUCUCUUAUCAUAUCUUAUAGAGCAUGGUGCCGACGUGUAUGCCGAGGACUACGAAGGGUAUCAACCUUCGCACUAUGCUUACGGUGCCACGUGUGAGGCUUGUUACCUCUUCUGCACUUCAGCGAGAGGCGAUCUCUGGGAUGCAGCUCUGACUUAUGUCGGCUACGACAUUCUGGAAACUAGGAGAUUUUAUCCACGAAAAGCGCGGUAUAUUACCGGGUAUACUCGCGGAGAUUUUGAAAAGUUCUGGUAUGGGCAGGAGGGCAACUGUCCCUACUGGGACGAUCGACCGUGGCCGCCGACAUCUGAACAAGAUGAUGCGGCACGUUCCUCUUGGCCACCAAUGAGAGGGGAGCUAUGCGAACUGUGUAGAACCUGCGUGGACGACUUUGACUGUUUCAACUGCGGCGUUUGCUUGUCUUCUUUCCAGUUCUUUUGCGACGAUAGUAAUCAUCAACACAACCGAUUCUGCCCACGGGAGCAAAUUGCAGUCUGGAAACUACAGGAAGAUGGUGACGAGGUAUACUGGGAACUUGUGCCAUUCUCGGACAGCGAAUCAGAUUAUGAUGUCUCGUCUAGUGAAGAUUCAGAUGGUGGUGGAAUUUUGUUACAAGAUAGGCUUGAAGAAGCAUUUUCCGAUGCGCUAUCAGAAGGAGUUUCACGAUCUCUGGUAUAA